AAACAAAGCGCACAUGCCGAGGGUAUCUACCUACCCUGAUUCAACACGCGAGUCAUCCAAAACACAAUCCGUUGUAGAUAUUGUCAUAAUAACUAUAUUGUAAAAUAAAACUAUAAUGUGAUGUAGUAACUUCGUUGGUUUCAUGUGAAAUGAGUAUCAGAAAAAUCAUUCAAAACAAUGCACAUGUUCGCUGCUGACCGUGAUACAGCCAUCCUAAAUGAUGACCACAUCACUACGAAUAUCCUUGACGGGUCUCUCUACUACUAUAACAUAUAAAAUGUUGUAUAUAAUUAGAAAGUUAUUGUGACAAAUAGCAUUAAAAUGAGUGAACCACCUUAUGAGAUGCAAGUUAAAGAGGAUGGGCCAAAAGAGGGAAAGAAGCCUGGCCUUGCCGCAGGAAAGAUCUUCUACAAGCCAGGGGUUAUUGAAGAAGAAACCGAUGAGACCAGUGUAUUUGAUAGCUCCGCUGUUGAAUCCCCAAUGCUUAAUUACAGUGGGAGCGGUUUUCUUAGGCCACAGAUUCAGCCUUCAAGCAGUUUACACAGGAUACCAACAUACAGUAGUUCAAUUGGACAAAGUACAGUAUACCGUCAGGAAACUCUUUGCAGGAAUCGAUCACACAGACAUGGAGUCACAAGAAGAACCAGACGGCGAGCUAUUCUUAAAAAUGGAGAAUGUAAUAUACUUAAAUCAAGAAUAUCUCAGCGGCGGUUGAGAUUUCUCCAGGAUAUGUUUACUACCCUUGUCGAUGCUCAGUGGCGAUGGACCCUGCUCGUAUUUACACUUUCCUUCAUCUUAUCCUGGCUAGGAUUCGCACUUAUUUGGUGGUUAAUAGCAUUCACACAUGGAGAUCUGGAAACUGAUCAUUUACCGCCUAUGCAAGAGUCUUCAAAUUGGCAUCCUUGUGUAUCAAACAUUUUCGACUUUACCUCAUGCUUCCUCUUCAGUAUCGAAACUCAGCAUACUAUUGGUUAUGGCGCAAGAACAACUACGGAAGAGUGUCCUGAGGCAAUUUUUAUUAUGUGUUUACAAAGUAUAGUAGGAGUAAUGAUUCAAGCGUUCAUGGUGGGCAUUGUAUUCGCAAAGAUGACAAGACCCAAACACAGAACACAAACCUUAUUAUUUUCAAAACACGCAGUGAUAUGCCAGAGGGAUGGCGAGCUUUGCUUGAUGUUCCGGGUGGGUGAUUUAAGGAAGUCACAUAUUAUAGGAGCCAGUGUGCGAGCUCAGCUAAUCCGGUCAAGAACAACAAAAGAAGGAGAAACGUUGUCUCAUUACCAAACUGAACUGCAGCUAAAUGCAGAUGGGUGCGAUGGCAACUUGUUCUUUAUUUGGCCUAUUACAAUGGUGCAUAGAAUAAACGCCGAAAGUCCUUUCUAUGGAGUAUCCGCCGCUGACGUGCUACAGGAGAAGUUUGAGAUUGUCGUUAUACUAGAAGGUACUAUAGAAUCUACAGGGCAAACUACACAAGCAAGAUCUAGUUAUACAUCAAGUGAAAUUAUGUGGGGACAUAGGUUUGUGCCGCUAGUGACAUAUAAUCGUGAACGUCAAGGAUACGAAGUAGAUUAUUCUAAAUUCGAAGAAACUACGCAGGUGGAUACUCCCUUGUGUUCAGCCAAGGAACUGGAUGAUUUUUAUGGCAGCCAGGCUGAUCGUAGAUCUAUUGAGAGCACUGAACACGGCCAACAGGGGGUGUUCCUCAAAAUGCCGGAAAAGAAGAAACCAGAAGUCACAGCAGAGCAAAAAGACGGCGACUUCACUGUUACUUUGUAAAACAUUGUUCUUUGGAAUCUAAAAACGCUUUACACUAUUUUAGAUUUUGUAGGUUUACUAAUGUAUAAGCUCAAAUUUUUGUUAUUUUUGAGACUAUUUUCUUACUAUUUAUUUACAUGGGAUUAUAGUUAAAAUAUACUGUUUAACUUUUAUGUUAUAUCGACUAAAAUAGAAUCUCAACAAGUACCGUUAUUAUUUAUUGUAAAAAAUAUAUAAAAAUAAAAAAAAUAACUAUUAUAAUGGUCACAAACCAGUUUUAGAACUAGUCAGAUACUAGCUUAGCUUUUUGUAGUCUCAAAUUAUUAUGUAGUCUUCUUAAGGUUGUGCGAAGAAAACAAGUAUUAAAAUAAAAUAUUUAUUAAUUUUAAAACAUUCCAGCCUGUUGAAUUAGUCACAUACCUAGAUAUAUAAUUAUGUAAUAUACAAUUACUUUAUUUACCUCCUGAAUUUUUAUGAUAAGAAAAUUUAUUAAACCAUAUUA